AUGUCCACCGUACCCCAGAAUGACAGCCAGAAGGCUCCGAAGUCAUCAAAGUUCGUUGUUGUUAUGCGCAAAAUAUACAGGCCAUUAGGCUUUCAAAAGGGUUACAACUUCCCUUUAUUCGUCAUCUUUGCUGGAGCCAUGAUGGGAUUUACCCUAGCACGUUUAUCAUAUCUCAACGUCGGCGGUAGUGCACCUUCAAGCUACCGCAACAGUACAGUUCCUAAAGAAUGGCACAACUUCAAAGAUGGAUACCGUCGGAUAGGACUUACCUUACAUCUUGCCACCUGUUUACCUCUAGGCUUCCUCAUGGUAUGGCAAUUCAUACCAGUGAUCCGACACAAGUUCCUCACUUUCCACCGAAUCAACGGAUAUGUCAUUCUGCUGCUCAUUGUUCUGUCCAAUGUGGGCGCUCUGAUGAUUGCUCGUGUCGCGUUUGGAGGAACACUCGAUAUCCAGAGCGCUGUUGGUGUGUUGGCUAUCCUGACUUCAGUCUCCGCAUGGAUGGCAUAUUAUAAUGUGAAGCGACUCCAGAUGGAUCAGCAUAGGGCUUGGAUGCUGCGAUGCAUGUUUUAUCUCGGUACUAUCAUCACUGCCCGUAUCAUCAUGAUCAUCGCGGCUUUGAUAAUUAGCAGUACCAAGAAAUACUACGGACUCCAGUCUUGCGAUCAGAUUGCAGCAGCAUACGAUGCAGUCCAGGAGGCUCUAGAAAAUUAUCCAGCUUGCGCCAAUGUAUCUGGAGAUACACUCGUUAUUGUGCAAGCUAGCUUUGAUUCAGCAGUGACUGUAGGCACAGCGCUGUCGCUGCCAUUUGGAAUGGGCGUUUGGCUUGCCACUUUCAUCCAUCUGGUUGGUGUCGAAAUAUAUUUAGGCCUCACACCGGCCGAGGGAGAGAGACUGAGAAAUGUCAGUUACCAGAGACAGUUGGAGGCAGGUUUCGCGCAUCCAGGAAGUGCUGGUCUGACAAGUGAUCGGUGGGGAGACGCUCCAGAAUGGAAACCAGAAGCCGCAAGAGAGUCAGCAAAUAACAAGCAGCUCUCACAAGAGGGAAGAAAGUGA